AUACAACAAUUUUGAACAUUACAAUUAAAAAUCUCAAAAUUGACAUCAAUAGUUAAAAAUCUAGACAUGUUUAAAGUCCAGUGAUCUAAAAGAAAUGCUACAGGAGGCUUUGGGAAAAGUUGAGUGAUGUUUUUCACAAACAGUGAACAACAUCACACAAAAAAGUGUUUGUCAAACAAGCAGGCAUCCUUUUUCUUAGCUUCCGUUGUGUGGUAUCAAACUUUAUACAGCCGAAGGUUUCUCAUGCGAAAUAACGAUACAAUGAUACAAAAAUAAUUUUCCUUUUGUAUCCAAAUCAAACAUCCUUUAUAGUUUAGCAGUGUACGAAGGGCGGGAAAAAAUAUCACCUGAAAUCAUUCCGUUGAGUUCGUCCCGAGUCGAAUUCAGAAAUCUGUUUAUGUUACUGCCGGGGGGUUGCAGAUCUUGAACCUAAACGUAAUGCAGGACAUGAGGACCAUUUUCGUUUGGUGCUGCCUCUUGGCUGUACUUAUCGAGCGUUGCAUGUCCGACAUGUACAUGCAUUUUCCACAUGGAUCCAAUAAUCGUUUGAAUGGCAAUCAAGAUAACGUCAGGAAUGCAAACAGACUGUUUGAUUCACAGAAUAACGGUAAAGCUGGAUACAAUGUUGGAGACAAAUUGGACGAUAAUCCUGGAGACAAUAUUCAAGAGUUCAGACAGCUACCAACGGAGUUCUACAUGAGUAGUUGCGACGCCAAGGGCAAAUCUGAAGUAGAAAUCAUGUGGACAAAUCAACACGGGACCGGCCCAAAAACUGACGACAGAGUGGAAACACAAGUUAUCUUACAGUUCAUGUGUCAGGCGUAUCCCGAGGGCAAGAUGGCUACCAAUAAUGUGAACAACGAGUUUCAGUAUCACACCAUUCGUAACGGUCAAACACUAAAUACUCAGGAUUUUAAAAAAGGGAGAAGAGAGAAUUCUUAUAUUAAGAAAGACCGAGGACUUCACGAGCCAGCUAAUUACUAUCAGGCGUAUGUCCGCAGGGAAAGAAACAAAGGUUUAUUUACCGCCGACCAACAACUUCAAGGAGAUUUGCCUAUUUACACACGGUAGAACGCGGCCGGAACAAGGAGGGGCUUGGAGGUCCCCGAGGAACGCGAUUACUAUCCUUAUUGGGGCCCCACCCCGUGGAGGGACAUUGCUAUCAUGGUCAGCAAUAACAAGACUGAGGAUUUGAUGAAGAAAUACGUGAACAGUCCAGAUUAUGGGCACAAAUAUAUGUGUAUUAUGCCAACCAAGCUAGCAGGCAACGAAGCCUGUCCACCAGACAACUCAAAUGUUCGCGCCAAGAAAUGCGCUGCGAAAUACAUCACCGCAGAGUCGUGUAAGGCUGCUGGGGGGACCUGGACAAAAUUCUUUACUAAUUACUUAGAGAAAGCUGGUGGCAACUUGAGCAACUGCGAACCCCAAGGAGAUUCGAAGCUUGCUAAAGGCUUACCGUACGAACCUCAAAAGCUCUCACAAGGAUCUGAUGAACAGGAACAGGAUGUUUUUCUUCACAAAACCCCAGAUGUGAUCUACGCCCCAUCCACUGUCGUUAACCACAAUGGAGUAAACAUGAAAGGCAAGUUUUCAUCGUACAAGUGGAAGGUUCCAUGUUUUCCAAGCACCACCACACAGCGUUGUGUAUUACGAUUGAGGUAUAAUAUCACCACUAACGAUGUUCCACGCGAGUUUGACGCCAACAAUAAUAACGAAGUUACAAACAACCCUCAAACAAAAGCAGUUGAUGGUACAACAGAUCUACAACUCGCCUUGAAUACCGCGCAGCUCGGUCGCACAUUUCAGGACAGAAGUCACGUGAUCCUUUUAAAAUCACGAAGUGGUCUCCCUCUAAAAUUCCAGCAUUCCAACAUAUUCUACAUCGGAGGAAUGGGAAAGAGAGGAAACAUUGUGCAGGCUUAUCCAGCCAUGGAAUAUCGCUUCACUCCUGAACGCAUUACAGUUACAACAGAUGAUGUGGUGUGCUUCGUCUGGUCUGGUUCAAACAACAAUCAGGACAACGCCGGAGAAGGAAAAGCGCGUUCUGAUCGGACCAAUGUGUGCUGGAUAAAGGACGGAUGCAGCUCCUCAGCGUCGAGUUGCAGCUCUUCUGUCUCAAAAUGUCACGAAGCCCUGGGUAUGGAGAAUGGUGCAAUCGAUGACGGACAGAUCAGUGCCUCCUCGCAAUGGGAUGGCAAUCAUGCCGCUCGCCAGGGAAGACUUCAGUUCCAACAAAAUGGCGGGAAACAGGGAGCAUGGUCAUCCCGCAAAAAUGAUCAGAACCAGUGGCUGCAGAUUGACAUGGGUGAUCAUCACACAGUGACAGGUGUAGGAACCCAAGGACGGGACAGUGUACAGCACAAGCAGUGGGUGACGAAAUACCAGCUGCUAUUCAGUAACGAUGGUGUCAACUUCCAGGCCUACAAAGGACAAGGAGCUGCAAGGAAGGAUUUUAGUGGAAACACAGACUCGCACAGCAUUGUGUAUCAUGGCCUUAACCCGCCCAUCACAGCAAAAUACAUCCGCUUUCGACCAAGAGCCUGGCACGGACACAUAUCAAUGAGGGUGGAGCUCUAUGGUUGUCCAGUAAAAGGUCGCUCCAACAUGUCUCUCAAGCCUAAAGCUUGCAGCAGCAUUCCUCUUGAAGUAGUCGAUCCUUCCAAUUUGACGCCCGCUGAUCUGAAUCUUCAACUCGUCAAAGGAUGUUACAGCGGUAACAACCUACAGGCUCAACUUGACAACGCUCCAGCCUCCUGCAACCCGCCGUGUUUCCGCAUCACGAAGCCUGGGGCCUACUGUUACAUGGGCACGCGCAAUAACAACUUCUCCAACAGACGUCACAUUGGACAAAUUACCGUUACCAAGCCUUAUUAGACUCAUUUAUGAAGGACAGACUGUAAUAAUAGUAUUUAACUGAAAAAAAAGCUUUGCAUGUAACGGAGGCACCGCCAUAAAUUAAAAUGAGGUUGCAGUUUUAAUUCUGACGCAUGUCUGUUUGAAGGCGUUAUUGUUGGGGCAUACUAUUCUACAAUUUCUUUAGUUAAAGAAGGAAUUAAAUACAAAUGGAAAUAGCUAACAAAAAAGUAGACAAACUAAACACGAGAUUACGACGGGCUGAGUUCAGUUUACGUUUCGUGUUUUGCUAUUCAAUUGAAAUCCACUAAGUCCCAUUCCUUAUUCGUUUUUCUUGGAUAUCGGUUCUUAAAGCGGGGGUUCCCCACAGGGUGCUCCAUUCUUCCUCGCGUUUUUCGCCCCCUUCCCCUUCCCCGAUUCGCGCAAUAGACCUCAAAAAGGUAUUGGUACAAUUUGCCGCGUGUCCAUCCUGCGGUUCGAGCCCUGGAUUUGGACAUCGUGUUGUGUUCUUGGGCAGGACACUUUACUCUCACUGCGUCUCUCCACACAGGUGUAGUAAUGGGUACCGGCAUAUUUAAUGAGUGCCGGGGGGUGACCCUGAAAUUGACUAGCACUCCAUCCGAAAGGAGGGUAAGAAUACUUCUAGUCGCUUCAUUCUGCAUAAAAACUGGAGAUAAGCGCCGGCCUGAUGGGCUACUUAGCUCGUAUGUAGAUUUUAUCUUUACCUACCCUCCAUCCGGUGGAAUAUGCCUACAGAACUGUAGAAAAUAUGCCCACCUUUCCCCCUUUAAGCUAGCUUCACACAAGCUCGGAUGUUUCAAAAAUGCGUCUUUCAAGGCGCUUUCCUCUUUUCGACUAAAAUUAGUCGUUUUCAUUGACAUAACAAAGGAGAGUAAAAACACGCGUACAGUUAUACUCAGAUUCAGUUUAGAUUGCCGUCACUCAAGCGCCAGCAACACAACUAACAAAUCAUUCUUCCCCUCAAAAAAUGAUCAAUGAAAUUAACUGCCUUCUCAGACUAGACAAAACUUGAUACGAUGCUCGCAAUCACACCUCUGAACAAGCGCGCGCACUUGCAGUGAUAACCCAGCCCACAAGUGUAUGAUGUAGGCAAUAGAAAGGAAACAUUUUUUUUCUUUUUUUUUUUUUUUGCAUGCCAUGCGCCAUUGGGAGAACGCUCUUCCCCUUCUGUUUGCCAUUAGCUUUUCGGCUUAAAUCUCUUUGGCCAGCUUUUGGUGAGGCCCCAUUGGGGUUCUCGAGAUGUUGGAUAUUUAGGUAAAAAAAACUAGUGGUAAUCGUAGAUUAAAGAGUGCGUUCGAGUAUUG